CAUUUCCACUUUCCACCCUAUACCAAGAUGUCUUGCUACGACCUGUGCCCACCAAGAACCGGCGUGGCCGUCCCCCAGCCCAUCGCUGAGAGCUGCAACGAGCUGUGCGCCCGCCAGUGUCCCGACUCUUCAGCCUUCAUCCAGCCACCGCCUGUGGUUGUCACCUUCCCCGGCCCCAUCCUCAGCUCCUUCCCCCAGCAAGCCGUGGUGGGCUCCUCCGGAGCACCCGCCUUUGGAGGCAACCUGGGGCUGGGAGGCCUCUACGGUGCCAGGGCCACUCAGGCCUCGGGGGGUCUCUGCACCUUUGGCAGACCCUACGUUCCUGAUCCUGCUAGAGCCAGCUGUAAAGCCCCCAGGUUCUGCAGCCCGUACUCCUCACCCCAAUGUACCCAGUCCCUCUACAGCACCUGUGGACCCUGCUAA